UUAUUCCUAUCUUCGAACCUUUUUCCAUUUUCAUUCUCAAUGGCCACUCCAACUGAAUCGUCCAUCCUCUCCGAUCUACAGACCGCCGGCGAUUCCAAAAUCAUCCACUCACUGGUCUCUGACUACCUACGUCCCAUCUACACUCUCGCGAAUUCCAAAAAGAAGAAACCCGACGAAGCCGCCGUCCGCUCGCUCGCCAAACAGUUCUUGUCCUUCAUUUCCAAAUCCUUCCCGAUAAUCUACAAGCGCAUCUACAUACAAAACCCUACCGAACAACAGAAAUCCUCUCUCGGUGAUUUCUUCGAGACUUACCGACUUUGCAUAACAUGUCUUGAGUUCGUCUCUUCGCAGAUAGCCGGCGGCGCGCACUUGGUUCAGAUCCAGAGGUUGAAGCUCGUUUACUGUUUGCAUUCCUGGGGACGGUACGAUGAUGGAGAGAGCGAAGCACUCAGGGUUUUGGAGAGGCUUAGAGGGGAAGCUAAGUCAAAAGGUGAAGUUGUUCCGAAUAUCGAUGUUGCUGGCGGAGAUUCGAAGUUUGGAUCUAUUGUGGUCGAAGCAGUGGCUUCUGUAGUGAAAAAUGUGGCCAUGGGACACAGUAAAGAUUAUGGGAAAUAUGAAAGGGUUCUUGCUUUGGUGGAACAAGUGAGGCCUUGGUGCAGGGCAUUAGACUCCGACGUUGUUGAGAAAUCGCACAAUGUUCUUGUUACUUUUCUGGGCAGAUGCUGUCGGUUUUUGGUUGAGGAGAUUAAUCAUUUUGGCUUGGAGUUGGUACGACGGUUUUGCAUUGAAUGUUUGGCCGAGUAUGCUAGGUCAAUGAUGAAGGAUCAAGUUUAUAAGUUUACCCGCAGAAUAUGUUCCUCAUUGUUCUCGCUAGAGAGAACCAAUAGCUCAGUUCAGAUUGCCUUAGUAACGUUUUUGUUAGCAUCCACGUCCCGUGAAUGCAAGGUUGAUCUAGAUAAUAAUGCAAUAGAGUUUGUUGAACUUGUUGAUUACUGUGCCUAUAAAUGUCGAGCUGCUGGUGCAACUUUUUGUAGCACUCUAGCGAAACAUUUAAAUGACAUAGCAGGUGAUUUUCGUGAGGCUACAAUCCCUGUUGAUCUAAUAUUGAGGCUUUAUGCAAUUGGGCUAGAUUUUUCUGAGCACAAUGUUAAGCUGAAAUAUGAUAAUCGUACCACUUCCAAAGGUGCAGAAGAUGAUUCAGCUAUUGAUAUUUUGGUUCUUGAAAGGGAUAAGCUGCACACUUUGUCUGCUUUACUUGGAAAUUUCUGUAGCACUGGCAAAGUUGAGACUAGCUUAGCAUCUGACGUUGAAUGUAAAAAUUUUGUGGCCUGUGGAGAGAGAAAGGUUUAUCUACUGAUGUACCAUAAUACACUGAAAUUCUUGUGUCAGCCGCUUGCUGAACUAGUAAAUGCAGAGAAAAAACAGAUACUUGCUGAAACCAAAGCUUCAUCUGAUUCUAGCAACCUUUGCAUUAUCCAGGACGCCUUUUAUCAGUUCUGUGAUAGUUUCUUCUCUCUUGAAAGCUGUACAUCUGAAGCAAAGGGAGAAGGAUUUGAUGAUGAUGAAGUGUUGGUACCCAGUAUAAUUGUGGCCGGAUUUAUUGUUUCCAUCUGUACAAAGCUUAAUAUUCCGAAGAGUGUGGGUUACAUUAAGCAAAUAGUUGGCAGCAGUUGGAUUCAAUCUCAAGGGCUAAAAUACGUCUAUAUCUCUCUAUAUAAUAUUGGUGUUCUUGUGUACAGAAAUAAGCAGAUUGAAGAGGCAUUGAAGGCUUUAAAACUUUCUCAUAGAGCAUCAUGGACAAAUAUUCAGCUUCUCUGUGAGAUGUAUACUCAAAAGAAAAGUUCUGAUGAUCAUUUGUCAGAAGAUUCUAUUAAAGAUUUGGUUUCUGAUGCAUGUAGUAGAACUGCUUUUCUUUUGGAAGUUCUCCAUGCAUGUGGAAAUCUUAAGGUGGAAAGAAUUAUUGUGGAGAGCCUUGAAAACUGGUCCACUCUUGAAAAUUUGUUUAGACAGUUGUCAAGUCCUAUGCCUUUGAUAAGACAAUGGGUUAAGAUACAAUGUAAACUUCAUAAAAACAUGGAUUUAGAGGAUAGUGCUCCAACUUUAUGUUGUAUGCUGCUGUCUUCUUUGGAAGUGUCAAAGAGGGCAAUUGGCAAAAUUUUAGAGCAGGAGCUUAUUGCAUAUCAAGAAAUGACUCAUGUGUACCCAGAUUUUUGUCAGAGAAUGCAAAUGAAAGUUAUCGAUUUACUUAUGCAAGAUGAUUAUGACAUAAAAGAUAAUCCUUUACAGAGAGCAAAAAUUUUAAUUAGAAAGGGAAGAACACUAAGGGCUAAUGGGAUUGAAGCUUUAAAUGACUGUAUAUGGUGCUUGUCUGAAGCUAUAUCUAUUAUGAAGAACUUUUAUGGUGAAAAAUGUAAUGCUGGAACUCCAGCCUGCCAUCAAUUAGCUGCUGCGUAUGGCUUACUUGCACUAUGCACUCAGGAAGCUGAACCAAACUCCGAGGAAGUUUAUCAGCAUAUCUGUGCUGCCUUAAAUCUUUGGUCAAGGAUAUUCAUUCCUAAUAGUUGUUUCAUGGGCGAUGAGCUCAAAAUUGUGUCCGGAAACACACUGCAACUGCUAUAUAAUAUACUUGAUUUGCUAUCAGUGAAGGGUUACACAAAAUUACACUGCAACAUAUAUAAACUGAUAAUGAGAAUAUACAAACUGAACAAUGCAGAACUUGGAAAAUGUGCAGCCAACCUCUGGGAGUGUAGGCGGCUUAGUCAUGCACUCUGCGUUUCUCCGGUAAAUGAGUCAUUCAUCACAAAUUUAUCUGAGCAGUGUGGAGAAAGUUCCAAAACUGUUGAUUUCUGGAUAAAAUGUUUAAGUGGGUCCCAACCAGGGCUUAUUGCGUUCCAACAGAACAUCACAUGCUUCUUUAACAAUUGCAUCCAAGGCUUGAAAAAUGAUGAAAGCAAUUCACAAUCAGCUGUGUCAGCUAACAAUAUAAAUUUGGUUGUUUCUGAACUCAUUGCAAGUGAUCCUGUGCGUAGUUAUUCGCUCUUCCUUGCGGGGUAUCUCUACUAUGAUUUGUGUGAAAGACACAUCUCCAGUGGACGGUUAUUUGAGGGUCUUUCAUAUGCAAAAGAAGCUUUUCGACUGCGGAGUCAACUUUUCAAAAGAAAAUUUACAUUCUCGAUUAAGGAGGAAUCUGGUGACAAUUGUGAAAUUGCUCAGAAGGCUAUAAAUGGUCCAAAGAAUCUUCAAGUGCACAGAAUAGUUGCUAGUGAAGUCUGGUCUUUUGACAGCUCUUCAUCAAACCUGUGUAGCUGUUAUCUUAGUCCAUGGAACGUGCUUCAAUGUUAUCUUGAAAGCAUUCUUCAGGUUGGAUGUAUUAAUGAAAUGGCUGGAAAUGGGGUUGAGGCUGAAUCUUUCCUAUUAUGGGGAAAAAGUAUAUCCUGUUCACAGAGCUUACCACUAUUUGAAGCUACUUUUUCUUCUAUCUUGGGGAAAUUAUAUCGAAAGAAACAACUAUGGAAUUUUGCGGAGCAGGAACUGCAAGGUGCCAAAAGAAUUCUGGUAGAUAGUAGUAGCAGUUAUUCCUGCAUAAGAUGCAGAUUGAUGUUGGAAGGUAAUCUUGACCAGCAACUUGGUGAUUUAUUCCGUAAUCUUUCAGAUAGUGAUGUCAUAAAUGACCCGAAAGAGAAAUUAUCUCAUGCUGAAGUUUUGUAUAAGUCAGCCCUUGAGAAAUUAAAUCAUUCUCAGUGGAAAAAUAUCAUUAGUGAUGAAGAAAGUACGGAGGACCUGGUGAUAAGAACUGCUAUAAUAAGUGGUGAAUAUGUUGCUGGCAAUGCUGUUUCUAAACCAGAUGCAAUAGGUGCCAGAAAGGGUAGGAAAACUAAGAAUGUAUCCAAACCUGCGGUGAAGGAGCAACAAGUAAUACCUGAACAAAGUUCAAGGGUAACUCGCUCUAGAUAUCGAUCUACUCAAAACCAAAGCAUUAGCAGUACUGGUGAAGUGCAAGUUGGGCGUUCAAAACACUCAAAUGAUAAUGUUGUGUCCAAAGUCUCUGAUACUUGUUGGGAAAAGGAGUCACCACUCUUGGGUAAAGAAAGCUAUAUGGAUGAAUCGAAAAGUGAAACUACAUGCAUUUGUAAGCGAACCAAGUGUUGGCAGUGCCUUCCUGCUGAGAUUAUGAAAUCUGGGUUACUGAUCAACUUCAUAAAUAUCAAAUGGGAGUAUGCCCGCAGGAAACUUUUGGCGAGGAUACUUACUGGUAUAGGAAAAUGCUUGGGGUAUCGUGAUCAGACACAUGAAAUACACAAAGUUAUUUGGCAAAGCAUAUCUGUCCUAGUCAGCAGAAAUGCGUAUACACAGACUUGUUGCUCUGCUCGAGGAUCUUUCUUUCUUGAUUUGAUUGGAAGGGAAAUCAUUGGAGAUACUUUUGCUGUUGAACGUGCAGCAAUCCUAUACAGUAUAGGUUGGAUAACUGUGAAAAGCUUCCAUUCCAAAGGUACCAGGAUUUUAUGCUGUGAUCUUUCCAAAGUUCAGUUAUCAAAAAUGAUACACUGGCUGAAGCUAGCAUUUGUACUCAGCUGUGAGGUUCCUCUACUUUUCAAAAAGGUUUCCAGAUUGCUUUCUGCAGUAUAUCUGAUUUCUGCCACUAAUGAGCAUUUCACUUUGCCAUCUUGCAAAGCACUUUCUGAAAGUCAUUGGGCUUCAUAUUUUCAUCAAGCUUCACUUGGGACACAUCUUAAUAAUCAAUUCUUUCCUAGUACCUCUGGGAGAUCUAAUACUCAACAUUUUGUAGAUUCUGGGGACUUGCAUGCAACUGGUUCAUCUUGCCCACAUACUGAGACAUCCACCUUAAGGCUUGCUCCGGAGUCAGUUGAUGAUCUUGAGCAAUUUGUGAUGAACUUUUAUGAGGGCCUUCCUUCCACCACCAUCAUCUGUAUAAGUUUGCUUGGCCAUGCUUAUACCAGCCUAUUGCAAGAAUUGCUACUUGACCCUUCUUCAAUUCAUGCAUGGAUGCUGUUGUCACGGCUGAAUUCCAAGAAUCAACCUAUUGUUUUGCUUUUGCCUCUGGAUUCAGUUUUAGAAGAAGUUUCAGAAGAUGCUGCUCCUAAUGAUGAGAAUGCAAGAGCUUGCCAGGAAUUACGUCAGCGGAUGUAUUCAGGUAAAAAGUGGCAUUGUCCGUGGGGUUCCGCUGUGGUUGAUAAUGUAGCUCCAGCAUUUAAAGUGAUAUUGGAAGAGAACUACGUGACAUCUUCUGGCUGUCCUUUAGAAGAUACUAAAAGUACUAGGUCUUUGUGGUGGACGAUAAGAAAGAAGGUUGAUCACCAACUUGGUAAGCUGUUGAGUAAUUUAGAAGAUUCAUGGUUGGGCCCAUGGAAGCAUGUGCUUCUCGGGGACUGUGUGGAGUGUGAAAAUUUGAACACUGAGCAUAAGAAGCUGGUGCGGAAUCUGAAAUCUAAAUGCAAAAUGGGCAUAAACGAGAGUUACCUCAAACUUGUUCUUGGAGCUGCUAAGUUUGAUAUUGAAGAAGUGUGUCUCUCAAAGCAGUGUUUGCAAAAGGGAUGCUACAUUGGCAUGCUUGAACAUCACACAGAAGAAGAUUGCGGAUCUAAUGACAUUGAUAACGUGUCUACAUUGGCUUCUCGACUAAUACAUGAAGUGGCGAAUGAGCUUCAUUGGGAGGACACAUUCUCUAGGGAACCAAUAAUUUUGAUAUUGGACUUGGAUGUCCAGAUGCUUCCCUGGGAAAGUAUACCAAUUCUAAGACAACAGGAGGUUUAUCGAAUGCCUUCUGUAGGCAGUAUCUCCAUUUUACUUGAGAGAAGUCGUCGUCAUGAUGAGUCACUUAGUAGGAAUGCUGCUGUUGUCCCUCUAAUAGAUCCCUUGGACGCAUUUUAUUUGUUAAACCCCAGUGGUGAUCUUAGAAGCACACAAGCUGAAUUCGAGAACUGGUUUAGGGAUCAGAAAUUCGAGGGAAAGGCCGGGAUUGUGCCUACAGCUGAAGAACUUGUUACAGCCUUGAAAAGUCAUGACCUUUACUUAUAUUUCGGUCAUGGAAGCGGAGAGCAAUAUGUUUCCAAAGAUGACAUUCAGGGACUGGAGAAGUGUGCUGCCUCAGUGUUAAUGGGCUGCAGCAGUGGGUCACUGAGGCUUAACGGAUGCUAUGCUCCACGAGGUGUUUCACUAUCCUAUAUACAAGCCGGUUCUCCCGUUACAAUUGCCAACUUGUGGGAAGUAACAGACAAGGACAUUGACCGGUUCGGGAAGGCCGUGCUCCAUGCUUGGUUAAGAGAAAGAAUGGAUGUAGCAGAAGAUUGUUCCCAGUGCAACCAACUAUUGAAAGAAUUCGAGGCGAUGAAAAUAAGGGGAGGCGGCCGUAAAGGCAAUUCGAAAAAGAAAGGAGCAAGCAGCAAUUUGGUCGAGACGGAAAACAAUGGUUCAGCGGGUGAUGUAUGUGAACACAGGGCAAUGAUUGGGUCAUUUGUUGGUAAGGCCAGAGAGAGUUGCACCCUCCCCUUCUUGAAUGGGGCCGCACCAGUUUGUUAUGGUGUCCCGACAGGCAUUGUUCGAAAGAGACCACUGUAACCGUGUAA